GCUCAGAAACUCAACUUCACGUAUAAGCAGCUAAAUUACACACAAACACGUAAUAGAUUACAUAUAUGAUUAUAUCUCCAUUCAAACCUCACAUAUCGUUGGAUUCGCUGCGAUCUCUCAAUGGCACAUACGUUCGUGAAGAAGGACGACGAUCGAGACGAUGAAGAGGGGUACUCUCCAUUUCUUGGGAUCGAGAAGAGUGCACUUCUUCAGGAAGCUAGGGUUUUCAACGACCCUCAGCUGGACUCGAGGAGAUGUUCACAGGUCAUUACAAAACUUCUGUAUCUUCUGAACCAGGGGGAAACAUUUACAAAGGCUGAAGCAACAGGAGUAUUCUUUGCUGUCACAAAGCUUUUUCAGUAUAGAGAUAUUGGUUUGAGGCGAAUGGUGUAUUUGAUGAUAAAGGAGAUCUCUCCCUCUGCAGAUGAGGUCAUUAUUGUCACCAGCUCCCUUAUGAAGGACAUGAAUAGCAACACUGAUAUGUACAGAGCAAAUGCGAUUCGUGUCCUCUGUCGGAUCACGGAUGGAACACUUCUAACACAAAUUGAGAGAUACUUGAAGCAAGCUAUUGUUGACAGAAACCCUGUGAUUGCAAGUGCGGCCCUUGUUAGUGGAAUCCAUUUACUCCAGACCAACCCGGAGAUUGUGAAAAGGUGGAGUAAUGAGGUGCAGGAAGCUGUUCAAUCAAGGGUAGCACUUGUACAAUUCCAUGCACUUGCUCUACUCCACAAGAUACGGCAAAAUGAUCGAUUAGCUGUUAGCAAGUUAGUUAAUAGCUUGACUAGAGGGAAUGUUCGUUCACCUUUGGCUCAGUGCCUCUUGAUUCGUUAUACUAGUCAGGUUAUCAGAGAAUCAAGUGUGAACAACCAUACUGGAGACCGCCCAUUAUAUGAUUAUCUUGAGAGUUGUCUCUGCCACAGAGCAGACAUGGUUAUUUUUGAAGCAGCUAGGACGAUUACAGAGUUGAGUGGUGUGACAAGUCGAGAACUGACUCCAGCAAUUAAUGUUCUUCAACUUUUCUUAAAUUCUUCGAAGCCAGUGCUCCGAUUUGCUGCCAUCCGCACUUUGAACAAGGUAGCAAUGUCACACCCAAUGGCUGUAACAAACUGCAAUAUAGAUAUGGAGAGCUUAAUUUCUGACCAAAAUAGGAGCAUUGCCACUCUAGCUAUCACCACACUGCUAAAAACUGGCAAUGAGUCAAGUGUCGAUCGAUUGAUGAAACAAAUAAUCAGUUUCAUGUCUGACAUUGCUGAUGAAUUCAAGAUAGUUGUUGUAGAAGCCAUUAGAUCAUUGUGUUUAAAGUUCCCUCUCAAGUUCAGAUCACUGAUGAAUUUCCUAAGCAAUAUUUUGAGGGAAGAAGGUGGAUUUGAGUACAAAAAGGCAAUUGUUGAUUCAAUCAUGAUCCUUAUAAGAGACAUCCCAGAUGCAAAAGAAAGUGGGUUGCUUCACUUGUGUGAAUUUAUUGAGGAUUGUGAAUUCACAUAUUUAUCUACACAGAUACUUCAUUUUCUCGGAAUCGAGGGGCCUAAGACAUCAGAUCCUGGCAAAUAUAUACGGUAUAUAUACAAUCGAGUAAUACUUGAGAAUGCAACUGUUCGAUCAAGUGCUGUGAGCACGUUAGCGAAGUUUGGUGCUGUGGUUGACUCGUUGAAGCCUCGUAUAUUCGUUUUGUUAAGACGGUGUAUAUUCGAUGGAGACGAUGAGGUCCGUGAUAGGGCUACAUUAUAUCUGAAUACUCUUAGAGGUGACGGCUCAAUUGUUGAAACUGAUAAAGAUGUAAAGGACUUUCUCUUUGGCUCGUUGAAUGUCCCACUGGUCAACCUGGAGACAAGUCUGAAAAACUAUAUGCAGGAACCCUCAGAAGAACCUUUUAACAUUGAUUCAGUACCUAAGGAGGUGAAAUCUCAACAACUUGGUGAGAAGAAAGCCCCUGGUAAAAAGCCCACUCACUUGGAUGCUACUCCAACUGGUCCCACAUCAGCUGCCGAAGCUUAUGAAAGGCUGCUUUCCUCUAUCCCAGAGUUUUCAAACUUUGGGAAGGUUUUCAAGUCCUCGGCACCUGUGGAGCUUACAGAACCUGAAACGGAAUAUUCAGUUAAUGUUGUGAAGCACAUUUUUGAUAAGCAAGUUGUAUUCCAGUACAACUGCACCAAUACAAUUUCUGAGCAAUUACUGGAAAAUGUCACUGUUAUUGUGGAUACUUCAGAAUGUGAGGAAUUCUCUGAAGUAGCGUCCAAGCCUUUGAGGUCCCUUCCAUAUGAUUCUCCUGGACAAAUAUUUGUGGCAUUUGAGAAACCAGAUGGAGUUCCAGCUGUUGGAAAAUUUUCAAACAUGUUGAAGUUCUUUGUUAAAGAGGUCGAUCCAACAACUGGUGAGGCUGAAGAAGACGGUGUGGAAGAUGAAUACCAAUUGGAGGACCUUGAAGUUGUUGCUGCAGAUUACAUGUUAAAUGUUGGGGCUUCUAAUUUCAGGAAUGCUUGGGAAAUCAUGGGCCCAGACUCUGAGCGGGUAGAUGAGUAUGGUCUUGGCCAAAGGGAAAGCCUGGCAGAAGCUGUGGGUGCGGUCAUCAAUCUUCUUGGCAUGCAACCCUGUGAGGGCACAGAGGUCGUCCAAAGCAAUUCGAGAUCACACACGUGUUUAUUAUCCGGUGUGUUCAUAGGCAAUGUAAAGGUGCUUGUUCGCUUGUCAUUUGGAAUUGAUGGGCCGAAGGAGGUUGCAAUGAAACUCGCUGUUAGGUCUGAGGAUGAAUCAGUCAGUGAUGCUAUUCACCAAAUUGUAGCGAACGGCUAGUUGAAUAUGUCGGAAAAUGAUCCACUCGACUCCAUUCACGUAAGUAGCGAGCCGUUUGUUGGAACUGCUAGCAAUGUCAUAAAACUACCUGCUAUUCUAGCUGACAGUUUGGCAUGCUUAAGUAAUUCGUUAACCAUUUUUUUUCCCUCGAAAAGAAUAAGUGUAGCUUCCUUCAAGCUUGCUUGAUAUAUUUCUAAUCACAUAUGCAAAUCUAAUUCCGAAGGUAAUGAAAAUAGGUGAAUCCAAUUUCAAGCA